CUCAAGAGGAAAGAGGAACGCCCUAAAAUGUCACCUGAAGUUGCCUUGAACAGAAUUUCUCCUGCUCUUUCACCCUUCAUUUCCAGUGUGGUCAGAAAUGGAAAAGUAGGCUUGGAUGCUACUAAUUGUUUACGUAUUACAGACUUGAAAUCUGGCUGUACAUCCUUGACUCCUGGACCUAGCUGUGAUCGGUUUAAGCUGCAUAUCCCUUAUGCUGGAGAAACACUCAAAUGGGAUAUAAUUUUCAAUGCUCACUACCCUGACCUGCCACCGGAUUUUAUCUUUGGAGAAGAUGCUGAAUUUUUGCCAGAUCCUUCUGCCUUGCAUAAUUUAGCUUCUUGGAAUCCUUCAAAUCCUGAAUGCCUCCUGCUUGUUGUGAAAGAGCUCGUGCAGCAGUAUCACCAAUUUCAGUGCAGCCGAUUGCGUGAGAGCUCGCGUCUCAUGUUUGAAUAUCAGACUUUACUUGAAGAGCCCCAGUAUGGAGAAAACAUGGAAAUCUAUGCUGGAAAAAAGAACAACUGGACUGGUGAAUUCUCAGCUCGCUUCCUCUUGAAGUUGCCUGUAGAUUUCAGCAAUAUUCCUACGUACCUUCUCAAGGAUGUGAAUGAAGAUCCUGGAGAAGAUGUUGCGCUUCUCUCUGUUAGUUUUGAGGAUGCAGAAGCUACUCAGGUUUUUCCUAAGCUGUAUCUCUCCCCGCGUAUUGAACAUGCACUUGGAGGAUCAUCUGCCCUUCACAUCCCAGCCUUUCCUGGUGGAGGUUGUCUUAUUGACUACGUACCCCAAGUAUGCCAGCUACUAACAAACAAGGUACAAUACGUUAUUCAGGGAUACCAUAAGAGAAGAGAGUACAUCGCAGCCUUCCUGAGUCACUUUGGAACCGGCGUUGUGGAAUAUGAUGCAGAAGGCUUCACAAAGCUUACUCUGUUGCUGAUGUGGAAAGAUUUUUGCUUCCUAGUUCACAUUGACCUUCCCCUGUACUUUCCUCGAGACCAGCCAACCCUAACGUUUCAGUCAGUCUACCAUUUCACUAACAGUGGACAGCUGUACUCCCAGGCUCAGAAGAAUUACCCUUACAGCCCACGCUGGGAUGGCAAUGAAAUGGCCAAGAGAGCAAACAUGCCACAAUAGGCCUGGCUUUGAUUAGUUCGUGAGCCUUUGCCACGUGGAGAGUAUCCAUUGUGUGGGUCUGGCUGUUACAGCGUGAUUCAAACUACGCAACCAAAAGGUAUUGUGCUGAGAAGUAUUUGCCGCUUAAAUUGUUUUAGUAUCUUAGAUCUGCAGAGUCAGAUCAUUUGUUUUAACAACCAUUUUCUUGUAAUGAUUGUGUCAUAAAGUGUCUAGCGUAGAAUUAAUCAUCUGUUAUCCCACUGUCGUAAGAAAGCAAGCAGACUUGCAUUGUGCUGAUGUAUCUUUAGCCUUGUGAGGAAUGCUGUGGAAGAACCCAUGAAUAAAUAGACAGCAUAACAUGCUUCACCCAAUAAAAAUGUGUUUUUAAUGCAUUAUGUAAAGUAAAAACAGCAGAGAUGCUUAAACAUCUCGCAUUUGAGUUUAUAGGAGACAAAACUACGCCUUGAAUAUUGGUACAAGGCCUUUUAAAAGAAUGGUCUUGCAGAAGAUUUCAGCACUGGUUUCCAGUCAUUGUUAAACACAAGGCACAGAGAUGCAGGAGGAGGAAUAUAACCACCUGUUGAGGAUCUAAUAAGCACUCAAAUGGAAUAUGACCUAAAUACAAACCCACUAGUGGAAUUAAGGUAGCAAUUUAUUAAUGUAAGUUCCUUUUGUUAAUUAGUACUAAAGGUGUUGAAUUAGGUAGCUCCUGACAAAUGGAAUUUUAAGAGAGAACAUUCUAAACAGAAGAAAAAAACUUUAGCAACUUUGACUUUUUUCUAUUAUAAACAAACAGCAAAUCCUAGUACUUGGUGAGUUGUAGUAAAUGUCUUCUACACGGGAGAUUAAUUAUUAGAGGUUCCAUGAAACAAACCAGCUGGCUGUGCCUGUGUAGUCACGGGAGAAGAAAUCCUGUUGUCUGGCACCCAGAAGGGAUUUUUGUAGGUGUUCAGUAUUUUCAAAACAAGUUUUCAUUAUGUCAAAACAAGUUGCAACAGGAACAUAAAAAUACAAAGGCACGCUACAUAUGUAUGUGUACUCUGUGCAAACACUUUAUACUUCAAAAAGUGAAUAAUCAGGUGACGUUGAUAAAGCCUGGAGAAGCUCUUUUAUAAUUCUAAUAUGGCUGUGCUGUAGAAAUAAUUUAUAUAACAAGAUUUUGUUGCAAAGUGUCAGCAUAAUAAUACUAGUCUGGGAGGAAUAGGUCAAAGACAUCAGUGUGCCUCAGGCUGUCCCUUACUCUGACCUACGCCCUUCUUAGUUCCUGUUUUCACCCAAUUUAGUUGGAAGAGGGUAGAACGAUGCUAUUCUAACUAAUUUAUGGAGAUCAGUUGUCUUUGGACUGGAUUGUUCUUCUGUCAGGGUUCUGUGGCUUUGAAGAAACUUGCAGAUGUCUUGCAGCAGUUCCUUUACGGUGCAGAAGGAAAGAAAUACGAGAUGCAAAAUGAUGCAAGUCAUAGAGUUGCAACUCCUCCAGAAGAAAUGGGCAAUAGCUGAGGUAAAUGCCUGGGAGUCUCAACUGUAUCUAAUACAGCUGAGAGGGUUACAAUUUAGUCCUCGCCUCAGUCCCAGGGCAAAUAAUUGCUUUUGCAGAAUAUUCUAACAUAAAUUCACUGUUAACCUUACCGAACAACUCAGCAGAGGACUGCUGAGGAGAAGGGUGUCCACGCUGCAGACCUGAAGAAGACCUGGAAGGGUUAUGUACAACUACUCCGAGAUCCGCAUGACUAUGGAGUACCUGCCCCAAUCAGAUAUAGAAUCUUGAAGAGGUUAAGGAGAAGAAUCCCACUUUUUUCCUGUAUUCCCUGCUUAGACUAGGAGAAAGAUGAUGUAUUUAUUAAAUGUAAUAGCUACUAUGAUUUUUAAGUAUACAAAGGUUGUACUGUAAGCAGAGCCUAAUGCUUUCAGAAUUAAACCAUAGUCACAGGAGACACUAAAACAUUGUACAAGAAUGAAUUAAAAUAUUGAAAUAAUGGAUAGUAUUUAAGAAUAAAGUUUGUUCUCAAAAACAAUAAUUGGACAAAUCCCAAGUAUAACAACUUGAGGCUGUCUUCUGAUGGGAAGGAAUGCAAUGCAUACACUUGAUAUGGUGAGAGAAAGUAAUAGCAGCCCAUGUGUCUGUGAAAAGAUCAAGAUUUUGGCUCAAGGGUUUUCACUUGCCAGUAAAGAAUGUGCAAGGACGGAAUACACUGUGCUGGUAGUAGAUGUUGCUAUACAGCUGAGUCUGUACUUGAUAUGGACCAUCAGGAUUACUUCACCCUCCUCCUUUUCUUCAAAUCAUCCCUUGGUGGAAAAGGCACUUGAAACUCCCACAUCCUGAGCCGAAAUAUAUAAGACAUAUGACUGCAAGUAGUGCUAGCAUGGAUGAAUUUGAGACCAGCUUGCUGGAAAACUUGGCACACUUAAAAAGGGGAGUUUAAGGGGAGUCUAUUUUGUGAAUGACUUAGGAAGAUGAUUCAUCACCCCAUGAUGAACAUCCUUCCUAGACCAGAAAAAAAAAAAAGCAGAAAUCUCAUUGGUAUGUCAUUUUGUGUGCUAUUUUUCCCUCGCUGAGUUUGAAUAUGUGUUUGAAUCUACUCAGAAUUUCCCACCUGAAGGUUUUAAGAGAAAUAGAAACACAUAGACAACUCUUCUAUCGUUAUAUAACACCAGUCAAACAAAAACAAUAGCAGAAGGAAAGAAGUGCAUUACCGUGGUACAAUGCUUUCACAAAAAAGGGAUGUGAAGUGUUGUUUGAUAGUAGAUCACAACUGCAUAACUUAAAAUCUUAGAGGAAGAUUUUCAGCAUAGGAAUCUGAAGGCAAAAGUUAUUAUCAAAUGGUCAAUGAACUAAAAAACUACCAACUAAAUUUUAAAAAUCCAGCACUAAGUUAUACUGGAAGAACAUUACAAUUAGAAGGAAAUUUCACAAAAGCAAUGUGAAUUCUGAGUCAAGUAUGUUUUAAGCACUGCAAGCCCUUACCCUUAGAUUUAGACAUACACAUGGGCUUCUGGAGACCUUGCACCACAGUCAGUGUUUUAUAUCACUAGAAACAAGUAAACAACAAGUGAUCCAAUUCUACCCUCUUUUAGAUACUUACCAUUUACAGUAGCAAGACUUUCUUUCUACUGGAUAAUAAGGUGAAGAAAAGAUAAGUGCUUUACUCUCAGCAGAUGUCCUUGAGCAUAGCACCUGAAAUUCAAUGUACCGUAUCAAGUGUAUAUAGUGGUUAACUACAGCAAAAUGUGUUGUUUUCUGGAGUGCCGAAGCAAAAUUUCCAUAGAAACCCCAUAACUUACUACCUUGAACUUGGAAAAUGACCAUUUGAGGGAACAGAAACAAAUAGACAAAAAUAAUGGAUUCUUACAGUAAGACAUUCAACAAAGAGUUAGACAUGUGCCUGUAUGCGUAUGAAGAUUGGCACCCACUUUAAGCUGAAAAGAAAACAACUCUUUAAACACUGUUUAAGCUAAGAUCUAAACCAUUAUGAGAGGGAUACAGAACCAUUGUACUCAACACUCGUGUAUAAAAUACCUGUGGACUUAGUGCAAACCAGUUUCUCUGUACUUGAAGGAGCAUUUUAUGCAGUUGUUCUUAGCUUGGUGUAAGGUCAUUGUGAUGCAGACCCGCUGAGAACGUGGUAGAGUAAAGCAGGAGAAAGGAGGAACUAAGUGUUUCCUGAAAAGGAGAAAAAGCAUUGAUCAAAAGCUGAUUUCUGGCAUAUGAGACAGCCUAGAGGAACCAUAGAUCAAGAAGCAAAGCUUGCUUUCUCCAUCUUCAGUGUGAUUCAACAGGUACACAAAUUACUGAAUUAUUUUUAAUAGCUCUUGUCUAGAGAUUGCAAACUUUACUAGUGGAUGUAAAAAAUAAUAAUUUUGAAACACUUCUGAAGUGCUUGAAAGUAUCUUGUAGCAAUGUGUCUGAA